UGACUAAAAACAGCAUUGCAGUUGUGUCUCGAGUUCCACCCAGAUUACAAUCAAUUAUUAUAACAUGUUUGCAAUCUGCACGAUUCGAUUAAUGGGCAAGUAGCGAGGGUAUCCACGCGUUUGCCCGUUGCCAAUUUUCAAAACCAUUGCCUACGUUUGACGUAAUUUGUAAUGCAAGGUUUUCGUGUGUAUAAUGGGUGUUCUGGGACUUCGGGAUUUAACGUGAUGGAGAGUUAAAGAUGUCGCAUGCUCAUUAUAUUCUAUCUCUUAGUUCACAAUGAAUUUCCUCUGUCAAUCUUGUCCAUGGAGAGAGGCUACCUAAUUUUUUUGUGUUCUUGUAUGAUUGUGCUAUUUUUCAUUUGUCUUUUUCGCGUUCCUGUUUUGACAGAAUAGGUCACAUUGUGGAUCUUAGAUGUGCUUCUCUAUUUAUACCCCUCUCAACUAUACUGGGACCUUAUCUCUCUCUCUCUCUCUCUCUCUCUCUCUCUCUCUGUGGACAAUAUUGGGCAACAUGCACGUUGCACUGUUGUUUCAUGUUCUCUUUCUGCUUGAGAUGUGCUUUUCUAGUCUCAUGGUAUCUUGUAAUCUCAUAACCAUGAAAGAAAGGGAAAAUCCAUCUCCGUUUCCCAGCGACUUCCUAUUUGGAACUGCAUCCUCUGCUUAUCAGUUUGAAGGAGCUUUCUUAAGUGAUGGAAAAGGCCUCAAUAACUGGGAUGUUUUCUCCCAUAAACCUGGUAAUAUAUUGGAUGGGACUAAUGGGGAUGUUGCCGUUGAUCAUUACCACCGUUAUCUGGAGGAUUCAGAUCUCAUGGAAGACAUUGGAGUCAAUAGCUAUCGAUUCUCUAUAUCUUGGGCCAGAGUUCUACCUAGGGGCAGGUUUGGGAAAGUGAACAUGGCAGGCAUCAGACAUUAUAACAAGCUCAUUGACUCGCUCUUGCAUAAAGGGAUCCAGCCAUUUGUGACAUUAACUCAUUACGACAUCCCUCAAGAACUAGAAGAUAGAUAUGGAGCUUCGCUAAGCCCAAAAGUGCAAGAUGAUUUCAGAUACUAUGCAGAUAUAUGUUUCAAAUAUUUUGGGGACAGAGUCGAGCACUGGGUUACCUUCAAUGAGCCCAACGUUGCAGUAAUUCGCGGUUACAGGUCCGGCAUCUACCCCCCAUCUCACUGUUCGGGUUCCUUUGGGAAUUGCAGCAACGGCGAUUCAGAAAGAGAGCCUUUUAUUGCUGCCCAUAACAUUAUUCUGUCCCACAUAGCUGCUUUUGAUCUCUACCAAACUAAAUACAAGAAAACACAAGGAGGAAGUGUUGGCAUUGUUAUGAAUGCCAUAUGGUUUGAACCCAUCACCAGCUCCUUAGAAGACAAGUUGGCAGCUGAGAGAGCUCAAUCUUUCUACAUGAACUGGUUCUUAGAUCCGAUUAUACUAGGAAAAUACCCGGAAGAAAUGCAUAAGAUUCUGGGAUCCAUUCUGCCCAAUUUUUCGGAAAAAGAUUUGGAGAAAAUGAAAAGGGGGUCAGAUUUUAUAGGCAUAAACCAUUAUACUAGUUUCUACAUCAAAGACUGCUUAUUCUCUGUGUGUGAACGGGGACCAGGAAAUUCCAGGACAGAAGGAUUAAUUCUACGAACUGCUCUAAAGGAUGGAAACCUUAUUGGAGAAUCUACUGCAGUGGAUUGGCUAUAUGUUUACCCCAAAGGAAUGGAAAAAAUUGUGUCAUACAUAAAGGACAGAUACAACAACAUACCAAUGUUCAUUACAGAAAACGGGUUCGGUGAGAUGAACAAUCCCAACACAACAAUCGAGGUUUCCCUCAACGAUGUCAAACGAGUGCAGUAUAUGAAUGGUUACUUGGAUGCCCUAGCAAGAGCUAUAAGGAAAGGAGCAGAUGUGAGAGGGUACUUCACCUGGUCCUUGCUUGACAACUUUGAGUGGAUAUCUGGAUAUACGAUAAGAUUCGGGCUUCACCAUGUUGAUUAUACCACCCUCAAGAGAACACCAAAACUAUCUGCAAUGUGGUAUAAACAAUACAUUUCUGGACAUAAGGCUCGCAGUACUUUGAUGUCGAGGAAAUAGCAAGUAAGCUUGUGAUGAUAUUUCAGCAGAAAUGAAGGCAAAAUGCAAAUUAUCAUUCACUUCUU